UUAUACUACUGACGGACUUUACGUACUUGGUUAAGAUAUUGGUCAAAAUGCACAAUUCGUGUGGAGUUAAUUUCUGAGAUCUUAUCGUCUCCGAGAUCAAUCAUUAGAGUAUCUAAUAGCAGAAGAUCUAACGGGUUUCGUAUAGUACCCGAAUUCAACCGUAGAUUUCAUUUUAGUGAAUCCCAACACGUCAAUCAAUCCUCCUUUUAAUAAGUGGAAAACAUAAUCACUCGAUAAAACACCAAUUUCUUUUUGGAGAGAGAUAUGCUGAUAAAACACUAGAGGAAGAGAUCGAAAUUACUAAGGAAGAAAGAAAAAAAAGAAGAUUAAUUAGGGUUAUGAAAGUUCUCAUUCGCCGAUUCCUCACCAGUUUCUUCGUUAAAGAUUUCUUAUUCUUAUUAUUGUUUAAAAAAUAUUCAUUUUUAUUUGCUUGAAGAUUUUCUGAUUCAAUUUUGUUCAAACAACUUUUACAUAAUCGAUCAACAGAUUUCUGAAACUUGAGGAUUUCAACGAAUUUGGUGUACGCAAAAGUAACUAUUUUUUUUUUCUUCACUAAAACGACAAAAAUAUUUUAAUUUUUUUUCCGCUGCUUUUUGAUUAUUUUGUUUGUGACUUUAAUUUAUUGAAGUGGUUGUGGUUGUUUUUUGAUCGAUUAAAGUUGCUCCUAUUUUGUUUCUUCAGUAUUAUUAAUAUUGAUUUCAGUUAAAUUUCCUUGAUCGUUUUAAGGUCAAUUUUCCAUGGCUUUAGCAUUUCCUCAAUUGUCAUGGUGGUUAUGGAGAGGAAAGGCGAAUGAAACUACUACUUGCGGUGCUUCUAAUGGUUCAAACUCUUCGUUGGAUUUGAAUUCAGGCGUUAGAGAAUUUUCUUCAGUGAAGAUGCCUUUGAGAAGAAGUAAUAAAAAAUGGCAGAGUAGAGAUGAGAGAAGAAUUGAUAAAGAAUAUGAUAUUGUUUUCGUACCAUCAGAUGGUGGUUGUUUAUCAGGAUCUGAAUCAGAUGAUUCUGAUUGGUCUGUUGGUUGGAACGAACCCCAUGGCUCUGAUUUUAUAAGUGAUGAUGAAACUGAAAGCUUCGCUGUUUUAGUUCCUUGUUAUGGACGUGGUGCUGCUGCUACUACUCGUGGAGGAGAUGUUUCUGUUGAUAAUAGUGGGAAUUCAAGAAAUCAGCUUUUGGGUGCUAUUGGGGAGCUUACUGAUGGAGGCUCAGCUGAGUACAUGGAGCAGUGGCUCACUUCUCUCCAAAACAGCUGAUAUUCAUAUCAGCCGAGUUUCUGCUGGUUACAACUGUAUAAAGAAUGAAAAGGGGAAAAGGAAAAACAAAAGGAAAUAAAUGUGAAGGACAGGAUUUUUUUUUUUUUGCUACCAUUCCACUUAUGCUAGUGAGGAGAUGGUGGCAAAACUCAUCAUGCUGAUAACAAUUGAUGCUUAAUGUAAUUCUAGUUUGUUUAUAAGUGUGCAAGAGGAGCAGCUGCAGUGAGAGGACUUUAAAAGGAAGGAUGAGAAUCACAACUGCUCCAGAAACUCCUUGUUGUUUUAUAGACAUUAAUUGCAGAAGAAGAAGAAGUCCUCGUUUUGUAAAUUUUGAUGAUUUCUUUUUCUUCUGGAAUCAAUUAUCCUUUUCAUGAUAAGAGAGGUGUGGGUGUGGACUUGUAUAUAUGUUUGGUAUCUCUAGAUUCUUUUCUUAAUUAUUGUAAAUAAAAACUUUUGUAGAUAUGGAAAGCUUUUUAUAUAAUGCCUUCAGCUUUA